CACUCCCCUAGCUACAUCAUGGUUCACUUCACUAGCUUUGCCAAAGAUUAGCUAUAAAAAAACAAACCAGAUACAGGGAAAAUAAAAACAACAUUCCACAAAGCUAGGCUGACAAUAAACAAAUUAAUAUAUUUCCAUAUGAUCGAUACAUAUUUUAUUUUCUAAUAUAAAACCAUAGCCAAACCAUACUACUAUUAGAAAACCGGCGCGUAGCGCCGGCAGACCACUAGUUACUAAUAAAAUUCAGUUUUCAUCUACACUUCGAUUUAAUUGAUGUAAAUAACUUUUUGAUAACAGAAACUUUUGGUGUAAUAAAAACAUUAUGAUUGGUAGAUACCCAAUACAAGUUUUUUUUUAAAAUUGCUUGAGAUACACCAAGUUGGAUAUCACUUUUUAAAAAUAUAAUCAAUCAAAAAUAUCUUUUUGGGUUUAGGAUUUAGUGAUUAUUUAUACUACUAAUUUUUUAGUACUACUAAAAGUGAAAUAGGAAAAUAAAAAGAGGGAUAAAAGUAUCUUAAAUAAUAUAUUCUUUGAUGGAAAAUUGCCAAAAUACCAUAUUUAUAAUACUAUUUUUCGUGUUUACUUUAAACACUUUUACUCUCAUUUUUAAAGAGGGAAAAAUACAUUUAUAACUUCAGGGUUAACUAAUUUAGACUUAAACUUUAGAGUUGAUGAGUGGGAUAGGAUUUUAGAAUGUAUAGUUUAGUGUUCUAGUAAAUAUAUAAAUAAAUACUUAAAAAUUUAUUUUAUUUAAAAAAGUUACAAAAUGAAUUAUCGAAUUAAAAAAAAAUUGAAAAAAACUCAAAAAAUUCAAAAACAAAUUAUAAAAAAAUUCGAAUUUGAAAAAAGUAUAAUUCAAAAAAUAUAAAAAUAUAUUUAUUUGCUUUCUAUAUUUUUAUUUAUUGAAAUAAUUAUUUAUUAUAUAUAUAUUUAGUAAGAGUAUAAGAAUAUUUUGCCUCUUAAUGAAAAAUGCAUUUUUGAAAAUGUCUCUUUACCCUUCAUUGAUACCCAUUACAAAAAUUCUUUACACAUGUAUGUGCUAUGUUAAUUAAAUUAAAUAUUGUUAAAAUACUAAUAUUAAUUAGUUUAGAAUUCCAAGUUAAGAAAUUUAGGGAUGUAGAAACUUUAAGAAAAUGAGAAAAGACAAAAGAGUGUGUUUAGAAGAUUUUUUUUUUUUAAUGACGUGUGUUUAGAAGAUUUGGGAGCACUUGACAGUAAUUUGACACUUGUUUAUUUAUUAUAUGGUCCUGCCAUUUAAGACUUGAUUACGAAUCAUUAAAUACAUGAUUAAUGAGAAUUAGUUGGUUAUCAGUUGAUCUUGGAAAUGUAUUAAUCCCUCCGUUUUUUAAUAUAAGUCGUUUUAGAGAAAUUUUUAUGUUCCAAAUUAUAUGACGUUUUCGAUUUUUUAUGCAAAAUUUAUUAACACUUAACGUUAUAUGACCAAUGAUAAUAUACCUUCUAUUUUAUUAUUGAUUAAUUUGUGGUUAGGUAAAUAAUUAAUGAUGUUUUUGUUUAGAAAACAUAAAAAAAUUAAUGAUUUUCUUAAUUUAUGUGCACAAUUCUAAAACGACUUAAAUUAAAAAACGGAGGAUAGUAAAGAAGUAGGCAUUAGGUUGCAAAACUAACCAAAAAAUAUUGUUGGUUCUGUAGUCAUUACCGCUUCUUAAACACUACAAAUAAAACUUGCAACAAAUAGAUGAUUAAUAACAUUACUGUAAUUUUAGAAGUAAAACAACUAUUAUAUAUAAACAUAAUUAUAAUAGUUGGUUAUCAGUUGAAUGAAUUAGUUGAAGUCAAACACUAUCAUUAAUCAGUUGAAGUAAAACAAACACUAUAAAAAAAACAUAAUUAUCGUUUCUUCCUUGAAACAAAUUCACUUGCUGGUUUGAGUCUUGUCCUAGUUGAAUACUUGAUGGACAAAGCUUUUCUAGUCGGAUUUACCCUAGAUCGAUAGUGCCUUUACAUGAUAGAUCAACAACUUUUUUUUUUGUUUGAGAAAAGAUCAACAACUGUUGUUGAUUGAAUUAAAACAACGAGCCUAUAAGAGUUACUUAAUAUAUUAAUCCAGUGAGAUACUCUUAUGUUUUGAGGUCAACAAUAUGUUUAACAGUAUAUGUUUACAACAGUGGAAAUAUUUACCCGAAGCUUCUUCCACCUGAUUUCCCCGAGCCUACAACUUUUUUUUGAGCAAAACCUACAAAAAUUUCUUGAGGCUGAGUCAUCAUUCAGUAUGUAAUUCUAAUUCUUUAUUAUAAACCAUAUUCUUAAUUAACUCUGACCCAAUUAUAUCUACUAGUUCCUUACCAUUGUGGUCCAUAGACUCUGGCAUCUGUCGAGUUACGUUCUGAUAUCCAAAUAAAUCUUUUUACCGUACAAGUUGUACAAAACAAAAAGUCGUACAACAGUAACUUUUUAAUAGUAAAAAUUCUCAAAAACAUAUUUUAAAUAAUAUUAAUGAUUAUAUAUAAAAAUUCGUACAACACGUCAGAAACACUUAUAAAUUAUAAUAUAUGUUUUUGUUUAUGUUCAACAUGUUUUUUCCUACAGAACUCAAAGAAAUAUUCUGCUUAUAAACGUGUAGACGAGUUCACAGAUUUUGAGAAUAUUCUGCUAUGCUUUGAAAUUGGCAAUAAGCUUUGCUUUACAAAUGGUAAAAACGUCAGCGCCUUUUGCAUUCAAGGCUGUUUGGGAAGGAUUUUAUCAUAUGCUAGCCUAGAGGGAUAUAAGGACAUGAGAACUCCUCGGAUUCUCUUUAACCUGGGGGGGGGGGGGGGGGGGGGGGCGGAAAGCCAGCAAGUUUUGUAAAGUUUGUUGUCUAGCAUCGGAACAGCCGAACAUACAAAUGGACAUCAAUAUUUCACGUAGGUUUCAUAUAUUUAUUUUCUUUGAAAGUGAAGAAGGUAUAGCUUGUCAAAGGUUUUUUUUUUUGUUGAUAAAGUUGUCAAAGGUUAACGUGGAGAUACAGAAGAGAAAGGGUAUAGUGUGGCGGAUGAGGAAGAAAGUGUGGAUGAACAAAUAUUGGAAAAUGUGGGUAAAUUUUGGAGUUGAAAUAUUAGUCUGAUAUCUGAAUCGAAGCAACAUAAUUUGCUUACUUGUGUUAAAGGUAAUGUUUGGAUAGAGAUGACAUAAAGUUGACCCUAGAUCGAUAGUGCAUUUACAUGAUAGAUUACUGUACCUACCGUACCUACCGUUAUUAAUGGAUAUAAGAAUUAAGAACUAACGAGUUGGCAUUUAUUUUAAAUAUUAUUCCAGUGAGAUGCUUUUAUUGUUCUGGGGUCAACAAAUAAAUAAAAACUAGACUCAACUCUAAUAUCAAAAAAAAAAAAUAAUGUAUUAAUGUUUUAAAUAUAUUAGUUAAUAUUUAGAUUUUAAAUUUUUGUACAUCCGAAAAACAAUAUUUGAUACAAAUUGCAAAGAUAUAUUCACUGCUCUGUAAUAUUUGAAGCCGGACUACAAUUAUAUCAUAAAAUUUAAAAUAUAUAUAUUUUUAACAUUUGUAUGAUUAAAUGGAAUUAAUAUAUAGUACAAAUAUAAUUAUAUGAAAAAAGUUUCUCACGUAGAUUUUGAAAUUUUAAUGUUUUCAUAAUGAAAUAUUUAAUCUAUUUUUAAACCGUCUCAUAUUGGUCUAAGUUUGAAUCUUAUAUUUUUAUAAUCGAAAAGAGAUAUAUAAUCCUUUUCAUAAUAAUCUAAAUAUUUUUAUGUUUGUUGGAAUUAAUAACUAACCAAAAAGUACAAUGUUUCUUUAAUAUAUAUAUAUCAACUAUAACAUAACCCACCAUGCUAUUAAAUAAUUUUAAAUAUUAAAUAAUUAGAUUUUUUAUUAAGUUAAAAUACAAUUAAUAUUUAUUUUAAUAAUAGAUUUAUAAUAGAUUAUCAUUAAGAAUAUUAAUUUUAUAAAUUAAAUAUAAUUAAUAUUAAUUUAAAUGUUACAUUUAUAAUAUUUAUUUUAAUAUGAAGUAUAUUAAAAGUAUGUGGGUUUUCACACUAAUAUUAAUAACUCAUAAUUAAAAAGUAAAGUAAUGUAUAACGGAAACAAUUUUUUGGCUAAAUAUGACUUUUUAUGAAUCAGAGAGAAUAUAUUCUAAGGAAAACUAUUCGUUUAUACAAAAUUCAACUAGUUUUAUCAAUAAAUAAAUAAGUGCCCCAGAUAGUACCACCUUAAUUAUCUUAUCAAAUGAGAUUCGCGUGUGGUAUAUGCUUGUGGUAUAUGCUUAGUUGCUUACAAUUUAGUUUACAAACAUAAGAUUCCUCGUUAUAAUUUUUGUAUUGUGUUUGUGAUGUGACAACAGAGAUUUAUUUGUUUAUUUGGUCAAUAGUACUAUCUAUCUAUAUAUAUAUAUAUAUAUACGUGUGUGUGUAUGUCGCAGGUCAUUAGUAUUCCAUCAGUGGUUCCGUACAAUCCCAACCAAAAUAGAAUCAAGAGAAAAAGAUAAAAAUUUGUCUUUAAUCAACAAAAAUGCAUGCAUUGGACACUCCAUUGUUCCCAAACUGUCAGUGGGGGUCGAUGGUAGAAUACGAGAGCUACAACGUCGUCGGAGAUAAGUACCAUAGCAACGACACGUUUCUUGAUUUUCCAGUACCGAAGACGGUUCAUCAUCAGCCCAGCUUAGGGGUUUCUGUUCCGUCUGAGAGAAAUGGAACAGACAACGAUUCGGUCAUGAUCAAAAAGCUUAAUCACAAUGCUAAUGAGCGUAACCGUCGCAAGAAAAUCAACUAUUUGUUCUCAUCUCUUAGUUCAUGUCUUCCUGGCUCUAAUGAGACGAAGAAGCUAAGUAUUCCUCAGACGGUUUCACGGAGUGUGCAGUACAUACCGGAGCUGCAAGAGCAAGUGAAGAAACUAAAACAAAAGAAGGAAGACCUCUUGGUGCGAGUAUUGGGUCAAAGAGAACGUCACGUUAAGCCGCAACCAAAGGUGGUUGCUAGUGAUGUCUCCACCGUUUUUGCAACUAUGCUUAGAGACAACGAAGUAAUGGUCCAAAUCUCGUCGUCCAAGAUUCACAAUUUUUCAAUAUAUCAUGUGCUUAGUGGAUUAGAAGAAGAUGGGUUUGUUCUCGUCGAUGUUUCGUCUUCGAGUUCUCGGGGAGAACGACUCUUCUACACUUUGCAUCUUCAAGUGGACAAGAUUGAUCAUUACAAGCUAAUUUGCGAAGAGUUAAGUCAAAGGGUUUUGUACCUGUAUGAGAAAUGUGGAAACUCGUUUAAAUGAUAAAAUGUUUAUGUUCGAUCCGUUUUACUGUGUCGUCCUUUUCAUUACAAUAAAUUUUACGUUUAUUA